UGAACUGGAAGCUGAUUUGUGAGUUACUUGCACAUGACUUUCGGCAGCGAUCGCUAUUGGCUAAUUGAUUUUUCCACGCUGGCACAAUGACACGAAGUAUACACAGAAGUUGAGGUUGUUGUCCUGGUGGUAGGCUGCCUAUAUAAAUUUCGAAGUACUAUUUGCUUCAACGAUUACAUCGCAUCGUUCUACUGUAGCAGCUAGCUAAACCCUUCAUUCCAUCGAUUCCUCCUCUCUCAACUGGGAAGAAAAUCCAAGAUGAAGAAGAUCGUUCACCUUGGCUUAGCCUGCAUUUUCAUCGGGAUGGUUGCUUCCAAGCCUGCCGACAAUCAAGCACACGGUAAAGAUCGUGUUAAAAAUCAAAAAUUAAGUCAUGAAGAACACUUUGAUGGCGAUGGCCACAAUACUGAUUAUGAUCAUGAUGCAUUUUUAGGAGAAGAAGAGGCAAGAACAUUUGAAGAUCUGAGCCCAGAGGAAAGCAAGGCCCGGCUUGGGGAAAUUGUUGAAAAAAUUGAUGAGAAUAAAGAUGGCAAAGUAGAUGUAGAUGAAUUACAACGUUGGGUUGAAAAACAACAGAAAUCUUAUGUAUUUAAAGAUGUUGACACCCAAUGGGUAGGCCACAAUGUGGAUGGGGAUGAUAAAAUUACAUUUGAUGAGUACAAUAAAACAUCGUACAGCGGUUUACCUGAGGAAGAAUUAUUAAAGCUUGAUGAAGCCGAGCAGAUCGACUUCAAAGAGAUGAUCAAGCGAGACAAACGGCGUUGGAAUGGUGCUGACCAGAAUGGAGAUGGCAACCUCAACAAGGAUGAGUUCUCUGCCUUUCUUCAUCCUGAGGAAUUUGAUCACAUGAGAGAUGUUGUCAUUGAUGAGACGAUGGAAGAUAUCGACAAAAACAAAGAUGGAACUGUCUCUCUUGAAGAGUACAUAGGAGAUAUGUUUAUUCCUGAAAAUGGAGAGGAGGAACCAGAUUGGGUGAAAACUGAGCGCGAGCAAUUCGGUCAGUACCGUGACAAGAACAGUGAUGGAGUAAUGGACAGAAAAGAAGUUGGAGACUGGAUCAUGCCUAGAGAUUACGACCAUGCUUUAGCAGAAGCAAGACAUUUAAUCCACGAAUCAGAUAAGGAUGGUGACAAGAAACUCACCAAACAAGAAAUUAUCGACCAGUACGACCUCUUUGUGGGUAGUCAGGUGACAGACUUUGGAGAAGCUCUUGUUAAGCAUGAUGAAUUUUAAUUUGUCAAAACGUUUCAAUAAUCUUAUAACUAAUUUCUGUGGUGCUAUUUUUUAAAACUAUUCUGUGUAAACCAGCUAGAAUUUAUUAUUACAUAUCAAUGUUUUUUUUUUUAAACAAAUUAUUAUAACUAAGUAUUAUUAAAGCCAAAUGUCAUCAUUUUAUUUUAUUUGGCAAAAUUCAUGGACUCUGUAGAUUGACAGAAAACAAUACUGUAUGUAGAAUGUUAUGCCCCCAGUAAAUGCUCUAAAUCCUUAUACUGUUCAUAUAUAAUUAUUAUGAAAGAUUGCUCAGGUCUUGUGUAUUUAUAAAGAAAAAACAGCGAUAUUAAAGUAAGAUGUCUUCUCACUGUUUAAAGCCAGGCUCCGGAGGAAAAAUAUUUUCUGAUAUGCUGUAGAACUGAUUUUUCCAAGAUAUAAAAAGCAUAUUUGACAGAAAGGACAGAAGCGAUAAGCGAGAUUUAGAUUUUCGAAUAUUUAAAAACUGGGGCAGAAAGGGUUGGUUAUGGCCACUCCCCCCCCCCCCCAUUUUUAAAUAUUCAAAAAUAUGUAUCUCAAGUACCACUUCAAAGUUAAUGUCAAAUAUGUUUUUUGUGUCUUUGAAAAAUCACAUCUACAACAUCAAAAAUUGUUUAUCCUCUGGAGUAUGGCUUUAAGCAAGUAAAUUGUUCUUCUGAGGCCACUUUUUAUCUUUUGUCGCUACAGCAAUAGGGUGUGAAGGUAUGUCAUGUAGUUUAGGUUACUGUCACGUAGUCAGUUUAUGGGGCUGUAAAGACAUUAAAUGUAAAUUUCCAUAGUCUUUAGGUUGUAUUUUUGUACAUUUGAUAUGACUAUGAUUUUAUGAUAAAUAUGCCAUUGACGACUAACUAUGCCAAUGUAUAGAGCUCAGCUUGAUCUUAGAAAUGUUUUUUACCGAUGCAGUGCUAAGUUUGUGUGAAAUAGUUUUGUUUAAUAGUAAAGUUGUAUUUGUUUCAAGACUGUCUUAAUUUAGUAGUUACAGUACAGUAGUUUACUAGUAUAGAUUUGUUAGUAUUGUAUUUGUUUAAAGUCUGUCUUUAAUUUAGUUACAGUACAGUAGUGUACUUGAUUAGAUUAAUAAUCUCUGAUAAUUCUGUAUUGCAUGAAAUCUUGUUGAAUGUAGCGUGUAACAAGAAUAUUGUUAACAAUUUUAGCUACUUGUUUGUUCAUCUUAGAUAACAUUUUCUUAAAUGACAAGGAAUUGAUUUCUGAUAACACAGCAUUCUAACAUUUUAUAAGAAAUUUAAAGCAGCACCAGAAAAAAUUUAUUCUGAUAUUGUUUUUAAUCUGUAAAUGAAGACAUUUCUUCAUUUCCACAAGUUGCAGAUGCAGCAAGUUAAUAUAUGCUUGGGUGGGUGGAGACUGAGACUCUUGUCCAUAGGCUUUUAAAACAAAUUUGCAGUCAUUAUGCAAAUAAAUUAUUUUUUUGGUUUCAAGUGGGUGCUAAGUAUAAUUGCAAAAUAAAUUAAUUUCGCACUAAUA